UCUCUCUCUCUCUCUCUCUCUCUCUCUCGCUCGCUCUAUAGCAAACGAAAACGACAAUGUCGUCUACGCUGUGUUGUUCGUUUGCAAAGAACGUUACCCUGAGAAGCUCGGACGGGCAGACCUUCGAGGUGGAGGAGGCGGCGGCGCAGGUGUCACAGACCAUCAAGAGAAUGAUCGAGGAUGGCUGCACGGGCAGCGUGAUCCCCGUGCCCAACCUGACCGGCCCCGUCCUCGCCCUCGUCAUUGAGUACUUCAAGAAGCAUAGCCCGCCCUCCGACGGCUGUCCGACCGCGCUCCUAGAAAUGGAGAUCAAGGACUGGGACGCCAAAUUCGUCGCCGUUGACAACGACACCCUCUUAGACCUCACCCUCGCUGCACACUAUCUGGAAAUUCAGGGCCUGCUGGAUUUGACCUGCCAUAGAGUGGCGGAUAUUCUGAACGACAAUUCGGUAGAAAAAAUACGCGAGAUAUUUCACAUCAAGAAUGAUUUCACUCCGGAAGAAGAAGCAGAGGAACGGAGCAAGAUUCAGUGGGCAUUCGAAUGAAACAGAGAAACUAUCCUGAUUCAGAGAAAAGUUAAUACAUAAUCAUAGGCUACUUAGGCUUUUUGUUUUUCCUUCCACAAAGUUUUCCUCCCUCCAACUUGAUCGAAACUUUGUGGAUAUGCCAAAGUGUUCUUUCAAUGAAGUCUUGAAUUCUAAUAAAUUCUUCUUCCCUUCUAUA